GUCAUUUCUCAUUGUCUGCUCUAGCCGUCUCUAGCGCAGUUAUAACUUAGAAGUACUUUUAAUUAUAAAUACGUUGUUUGGUAUAUUUGCUGUGGUCAGUGUAGACUGGUGAGAAUCCUGUAAUACGACGUCAAUUUGUUUUGUAUAAAGUGUUUUGAAUUGUCAUUAGUUAUUUAAAUAAAUAGUUUAAUUUCCGAACACUAUGGAAAAUGUGAAUAAAAAGAACUCGCCUGACUUAACAUCACCAAUAAAAAUGGACAAACCAGAUAAUAAAAUCAUUGAACUGUUGUCACCAGCAUCACAAGAUUUAAAGUUGGACCUUGAGGAUAUGGAAAUAGUUAUUAGAAACGAUAACUCAUGUUUACAUGAAUUAAAACCAAAAGCAUUGUUUAAUGAGACUAACCCUCCAAUUGUUAUUGAAAUAAUUUCUGACCAAGUAAAACCAUAUUAUGAUCUAGGCUGCAAACACUCGGAAUAUAAUAUACCUUCUGUAUCUGAACCUACCCAAAGCGAAACACCAACAAAAAAUAAAAUAAUUCCAGAAGAGUAUGAACCAACUGAUAGAUUGGUAUUAGAUGUACUAGAAUGUAAUGCACCUUUUACACCUGAACAUGAAGCUACUCAAAAUGAAAUUCCAAUAAUAAACCAAUUAUUUCCUGAAGAGCAAGCACCAAAUGUUAGAUUACAAUUAGAUUCAUCUAUUGUUAUUGAUCCUGAAUAUAUUAAUCCUAAAAUAGUUGUUGAAACUGGGCGCAAAAAAAAGCAUAAAUAAUAAGAAAAAAGAUAAACAAUUUAAAAAAAAUAGUCUACCUUUUACUUAUGAAAUUCGCUGCGCCCAUAAAAAAAUUUCAAAAAAUAAAAUAUGCAGAAUUAACAAAAGAUGAUUUAGAUGCAUUUAAAAGUUAUCUUUGUAGUUUAACCAGUAAAAUUGAACAAGACAAAUACAUAUUAACUUUGAUGAGUAUAGGCAUGGCAAAACGAACUGAAAGAAAAAAAACAGACCGAUCAAGUAGGAUAUAUGUAACAUAUUCAAUACCAUCCAUGUUCACUAUUAAUAAAGUAAACACAACUGUCUGUGCUGAAACUUAUAGUUCAGUUACAUCAAUCAGCAGAAGAAGGCUUAAAAAAAUGAAAACAUAAAACAAAUACUUACAUUGGAGUUGAAUUUACACAAGAAAAAAGCAAAACGUUUUUUUGAGCUACUAAAAGAACAAACUAA